CAGUUCGCAUGGUUCAAGCUUUUGGUGCCGUGCCCACUUUUGGAAGUCACGGGAAUGUGCUCGCAAGCUAUUGGUCCAGAGUAUGAUGGUAGCUGCUCUAUUGACUCAACGGCCCGUAAAAUGCUCAUAAACUCUAAUGACCAAACUCUAAAAGACCAAGUCAGAUAUUUUGGGCGCGUUUUCGCCGCUGGGAUUAUGCCUUGAGAUAUGGAGAUAUGGCCAACUAGAUAACAGCGAUCGCCAAGGGUUAAUAAAUAGCCGUUUUCAAGAGCUUGGCGGCAGUAGUUCAAUCGGUUGACCUGGGCCAAGCUCAUCUAACCGAAAAUGAAGACUUACUUAGGAAUAAUCCUGGUGCUGAGCGCCUUGGUGGCCACCUCCUCGUCUGCUUCCAUAGACAUACCCGAGAUCCACAAUCAGUUCCAGCUGGUAGGAGAAUCGGUGAGCGCAUUGAAAACCCGCGAAGGAAACCUCAUCGACCCCAAUGCCAUGGCCAAGGGUAAAGCUGGUCCUGAGGCGGAGAAGAAGGCGCAGUUCUGGUAUGACCUGGCCUACGAGGAGAUCGCCCAGCGCCUGGAACAGCCGCAGCUGGACAAGAGGAAGGCCAAGAAUGUAAUCCUGUUCCUGGGCGACGGCAUGUCCCUGUCCACGGUGGCAGCCGCCCGCAUCCACAAGGGUCAGCUGAAGGGCAAUCCCGGCGAGGAGGACUCCCUGAGCUUCGAGAAGUUCCCCUACACCGGUCUGAGCAGGACCUACUGCUCCAAUGCCCAGGUGCCCGACUCCGCCUGCACGGCCACCGCGUAUUUGUGCGGCGUGAAGACGAAUAUCGUUGCACUGGGAAUUACGGCGGCCGUGAACUUUAACAACUGCAGUGGCAGCGAGGAUCCGGCCAACCGGGUGGACUCCAUCGCAGCCUGGGCUCAGGAGGCUGGUAAAUCCACUGGCAUCGUGACCACCACCACGCUGACCCAUGCCAGUCCAUCGGGUGCGUAUGCCAAGACCACCAACCGAUUCUUCGAGAGCGACACGGAUAUUGUGACCUAUGGCGAGGGAGAGAAUGAUCCGGCCACCUGCACGGACAUUGCCACCCAACUGAUCACCCAGGCUCCUGGCAAGAACUUCGAUGUGAUGCUGGGCGGUGGCAUUGGCAAGUUCCUGCCCAACACAAUAACGGAUCCCUUCAACAAGAAGGGCGAGCGUUCCGAUGGAGUGAAUCUGCUGUCCCGCUGGCAGGGACUACAUCCCGGCGGUGUUUUGGCCUACAAUCGCAACCAGCUGCUGAGUGUGAAUGUCUCGAGGAUCACCAAUCUGAUUGGCACCUUCCGCUCAGGAGUGAUGAGCUUCAAUAAGCUUGCCGAUCCCAAGGAGGAGCCCACACUGGCGGAAAUGACGCGCAAAGCCAUCGAGAUGGUCAGCAAACGCGAUGAUGGCUACUUCCUGUUCGUCGAGGGUGGACUGAUCGAUUACGGCAACCACUUCAACUCCCCAACCCAUUCCCUGACAGAGACACUUCAGUUCGAGCAGGCGGUUCAGGAGGCUCUGGAUCUAACCGAUCCCGAGGAGACCCUAAUUGUAGUCACCUCCGAUCACGCUCAUCCGCUGACCAUCUCUGGUUAUCCUGGCAGGGGAACACCCAUCCUGGGACUCAAUCAAGAUGACACCGAUGUGAAUGGAGUCAAGUACGCCACUCUGAACUACGCAGUGGGCACCAAUCAGUAUCUGGAUGAGCAUGGCCAGCGCAUCGAUCUCACCGAUCAAAUUGGCGCGGAAGACUUUAUCCAUCCCAGCUAUAUCCACGGCACCAUUGGCGUCCAUGCUGGCGAUGAUGUGGGAAUCUUCGCCACCGGUCCGCAAAGUCAUCUCUUCACCGGCGUGAUGCAGCAGAGCACCAUUCCCCAUCUGAUGGCCUAUGCCUCCUGCAUCGGCAAGGGACCCACUCUCUGCGACAAUGAGGACUAGAAUUGUAGUGAAU